CAGACUUCAGUGCGUAUUAUAUUGCCGCGACAGUGUGUUCACACGUGUGUGAACGGCAGUUUCAGUACCUACCUACUUGUCAGUUGUAGUAGUGGUCUGUAGGUGCUUUCCGUAAAAACAUCGUACCUGUCAGAGAAUCCGAACCAAAAUUUUCGUAUAAAAAAUAACACUACCUAAAGCAAGCACUACAUACUUAGUGAACGUUUCUUCGACAAAAAUAAAAUAAAGUGAGCAUUAAUACUAUUCGAAUGAAGUAAAAAUAUUAAUUUAAACAGUCAUCAAUACAAGGCUAUCAGUAAUCAUGAUGACAGAAAAUAAAAAAGAGUCAACUCAUCCACCUCUUAAGAGGUAUAGGUCGAAUUCUAUGGGGAAUUCAGUGGCUUAUGCUGGCUUAUUACUCGUAGAGUUAAUUCUAUUGGUUUUAAAAUUCAUUUAUACUACUGUUGAGUCCAUUAUACGUACAUUUUUACCACCAUUAGAAAAAUCACUUAAAGAUGAAAUUGUUUUAAUAACUGGAGCGGGUCACGGUAUUGGUCGAGAAUUGGCAUUAUUGUUUGCCAUACAAAAUGCAAUUAUUGUAUGCUGGGAUUUAGACGAAAAAGGAAAUAAUGAAACAAAACAAAUUCUUAAGCUUAAAGGUUACAAACGUGUUUACACUUAUAAAGUAGACGUAUCUAAUAGACAAGAAGUUUUGGAUGCUGCAGCCUUAGUUAAACAGGAAGUUGGUAGCGUCUCGGUGUUGGUAAACAAUGCCGGAAUCAUGCCAUGUAGACCAUUAUUUUCUCAAAGCCAUGAGACAAUUGAAAAAAUAUUCAACGUCAACGUUUUAGCUCAUUUUUGGGCUCUGGAAGCUUUUUUACCAAGCAUGAUUGAAAAUAACCAUGGCCACGUAAUCGCUUUAUCAUCAAUGUGCGGGGUCAUCGGACUCCCAAAUGUUGUUCCAUAUUGCGCUUCGAAAUUCGCCGUUAGAGGACUCAUGGAAGCCUUAUACGAAGAGUUAAGAGUUGGAGAUACGAAAAACAAUAAAUCUGAAAUCAAAUUCACUACAGUUUACCCAAUUAUGGUUAAUACAGGACUAGUUAAGAAACCUAGAAAUCGAUUCCCAUUCUUGUUGGAUAUGCAAUCGCCUGAAAAAGUAGCCAAUAUAAUUGUAAAAUCGAUGAGGCGUAACUACAAAGAAGUCAGUAUACCGUGGAUGCUGAUGCCUCUCGACCGGAUAUCCAGACUGUUGCCCGGAAAAUUCAUUCAGAACGUUAAAGAUUUCAUCGACACUGGCUUGGACCCACACACAGAUGAUUAAAUUAUAGGUACCAGUUGUUUUUCCUCUAACAUAAUUAUACUAUAAAACUUUUGAUAAUAUUUGUUAAAAAAACUUGAUUACCUACUAUUU